AGUGCACAAGUGUGUGAUUUGGGACGCACCUUUAGACCGUGUUAGACGAGUGUAUGGUGUUUCAAUCAGGCAUACGAAUGGGCGACUCUGUGGGUCCUGGCUCUUCAGUGGUCGCUGCUUGUUUAGCGUGUGAUGUUGAUAAGAAUGGUCACAUUGUUAAAUAUUAAACGCUGCUCACCGAAAAACAGCCAAGUAAGAGCGCUGCAGGAGUAUGUCGAUAUGUUAACUGUUACUUUAAACGAAAGGAUAACGCGUUAUUUUUGCUAAGGGCAUGACUAUUUAAGAUAAUAAAACCCGUCAUACACGGACCUAUGGAGGUACAUACAUGAAAUAUUCAUAUUUUAGUUGAUAUCAUGGUGGUUAUUGAAUGUUGUAUGACUGGCAGCGAAGAGAAUUGAUCAGAAUGAACUCCAGUACAGAUGGUCUGAUCUCUGCAUACAGCUCGUGGCUGUGCCCAUCACAGAAGCAGCUGUCUGAUAUUCUCACUACAACACAAGAGAUCAGAAACAGUGAUCACUGCAGACUUGAAGAUGAUGCUUUUUACAGGUGUGAACCCGUCUGUCUGGAGAGAGCUGAAGAGGACUCGCCUUGUGUCAUUACACUACUGUGUCCACCCAACUCUGCAUCUUUGAUCAGCAGUAUUCAUGUUGUCAGUGAAGGUCGCACCAUUGAAGUGUACUCGGGCUCAGGAGAAUACUGUGGCACAUGUCGCGGGGAGGAAGUUCAAAGAUCCGUCAGUAAUGGUCUUCAGGAAAGAAGUCCUUUUUACAGCAGUGUUCUGGUGUUAGAGAGCCCCACUGUAUCAUGUGAGGUGAAGCUGCUGUCUUUUGGUGGGCGUUCAUCUGUGGCUAUCGCCCAUGUGGGUGUGGGACUGGAGACACUUAAAGAAAGGCAGGGUGGGCCGACCCUGGACCCAGGCAUUGACCUUCAGCACGUGCAGGCUAUGAUGGAAGAAAUGGGUACCACCCUUUCACCAGGGGCUCAAAACCUGAUGGAGCUCGUACAGAGCCAGCAGAAGAAUAAAUCCGACAUGCUGAGUGGAUUCAUUCCUCUUCUCAUGGGAGGAGGAGCUUUGAGCCGUCUGUCAAGAGGAGUUGGGGCUUCCAGUGCUUCUGGGGAGGGCCGACAUCCACCGACCGGUCCUGAGCAGCUUCUGUCCACCAGCAGUCAGAAUCAGAUCCCAAGUGCCAUGUCUGGCCCGAUCAACCCAGAGCUGCUGCCAAUGCUGCAGAGCGUCUGCGGCCAGGUCACGCAGCUCCGCCUGGAGGAAGCCACCUCUCCCGAGAGGAAGAAGAAUGGGGAACGGGAGAGUCACAUGUGCUGCGGAGGAUUUGAGAAGAUGCUGGAGUCGGUUGUAGAGAAGAGGAUGGAGGAGAUGGAGAAAAGGUUGAAAGAGCAUCUGGACGUGCGUCUUGAUGCUCUUCAGCAGAGACUGGAGGUCACGCUUCAGCAGGCGCUUUCACACAUGCCACAGCACCAAUGAACAAAAACAUCACAGAUGAUUAACCUGAACAUUUAAAGGGAAAAAACGUAAUGCCUGAGCGUUUGCUUCUAAAUUACUUGGGUUCUGUAAAAGGAAAUGUAACAAGAAUUCACCAGACGUUAAUGUUUUUUCAACUGUUGUUGGCCGAGGAGUUAUGGUUGGACUGAUCUGUGAGUCUUUCCCAUGAGACUUGUCUUACUGGGCUGUUCAGUUUGUUCUUUAGUCCAAAAACUGUUGAUACUAUUUGUAAUAUUUUAUUUUAAUUCAAUUCUUUUAUUGCUGCUACAAUAACUAUUUUUCUACUAUUCUGACUAUUAUAAAGUACUCAUACUCACAGUUUGGUACAAAUGUUAACCACAGUUAAUAUAGAAGUUGGACAAAUACAGUGGUUGCGCUGGUUGUUUAUAGGACAGCAGAGGUCUCUGGUGCAGUGAAAAGGGUCAAGUAUUAACUGUAAUUGUGAAUUGCCUGUCUUAAAAUGUUUACACUGACUGUUUUGGAAAACUAAGGACAAUAAAAAAAUACUAUUUAUACUAAAAACGAACCAUUUA